GUGUGAGUGAGUGAUAGUAAGAGUGAGUGUGAGUGAUAGUGAUAGUAAGAGUAAGAGUGAGUGAUAGUAAGAGUGUGAGUGAUAGUAAGAGUGUGAGUGAGUGAUAGUAAGAGUGAGUGAGCGCCUUCGUCCUGCUGCCGAUGUCCGCGGUGCCGUGAGGACGACGCAGAAACUUCCUCCAACCUCGUGGUGAGGUCCUGGCCAGUUGCGGGCUGCCGUGCGAUCCGCGGGUGCCGCUGCAGCGCUCCCAUGGCCGACACGGCAAAGUGUGCCGUGCUCAACGUGCUGAAGGGCGUGCGGGACUCCAUCUGGGGCAUGAGCGCUGUCCUGCGCCUGGACAAGCGCGUGGAGCGAGAGCGCGAGAAGCAGCGGGAGAGGAGACGCAAGGGCCCCGACUGGAAGGAGGAUGAGCCAAAGAUCGUGAUACGUAUUCUGCAGUGCUGCGCAUGGAACGGAGGCAUCUUCUGGCUCUCAAUCCAGCUGUUUUACAGCAUUUUCAUCCCCGCGCUGCAAGCGCUCACGGCGCUGGUGUUCUCGCGGUUCAUUCAGGGAGGGGCGGAGAGCCUGCACCUCGGGGUGUGGCGCUGGCUCGAAUUCAUCCUCUCCUCCAUCUUCGGAGCGCUCUGGGUCCUGCCGCUGUUCCUGCUCAGCAAGAUCGUCAACGCCAUCUGGUUCCAGGACAUCGCCGACCUGGCCCACUUGGGCUCGAGGGGAGGAAAGUCUCACUCCUUCCCUAGCCUCAGCAAGUUCGUCGCCGAUCUGCUGUUCAGCUUGUUGCUGCAGGCACUCUUCCUCAUACAGGGCCUCUGUGUAAGCUGGAUUCCCAUCCCAGGCGUGGGACAGAUCGUGGGGACUGUGCACAUGUCUCUGCUCUACUCACUCUACUGCUUCGAGUACAAGUGGUUUAACAUGGGAGUGGGCGUGCACCAGCGAGUGGCGCUGGUGGAGGGGAAUUGGCCCUACCACCUCGGCUUCGGCCUCCCUCUCGCCGUCCUCACCUCCCUGCCGCAGUCCUACCUCAUCAGUGGGUGUGUGUUUUCAAUCCUCUUCCCACUCUUCAUCAUCAGCGGCAAUGAAGCGAAGCCACCGCAGCAGCCCUUUGAGUUCCCAUUAAGGCUGUUCUCCAUGGCCGUCUCGCUCAGCAACCAGUUGUUCCACACGACGUUACAUCCCCGCAACCAGCCGGCGCAGCAGGGAGCACGCUAGAGGCAUCGCGCUGAACGCAUCGCACUGAAGGCAUCGCACGCAACGCCAUGCAGCCUGGGCUGGGGGCGUCUGCAGACACGUCGACACACAGGGUUACGCACAGAGCAGGAUAUGUACAAAUACAUAUAGACACACACACAGGGUUACGCACAGAGCAGGAUAUGUACAAAUACAUAUAGACACACAGGGUUACACACAGACCAGGAUAUGUACAAAUGCAUAUGGACACACACAGGGUUACACACAGACCAGGUUAUGUACAAAUACAUAUAGACACACACAGGGUUAUGCACAGACCAGGAUAUGUACAAAUACAUAUGGACACACAGGGUUACACACAGACCAGGAUAUGUACAAAUACAUAUAGACACACACAGGGUUACACACAGACCAGGAUAUGUACAAAUACAUAUGGACACACACACAGGGUUACACACAGACCAGGAUAUGUACGAAUACAUAUAGACACACACAGGGUUACGCACAGACCAGGAUAUGUACAAAUACAUAUGGACACACAUACAGGGUUACGCACAGAGCAGGAUAUGUACAAAUACAUAUAGACACACACAGGGUUACGCACAGACCAGGUUAUGUACAAAUACAUAUGGACACACACAGGGUUACGCACAGAGCAGGAUAUGUACAGAUACAUAUGGACACACACAGGGUUACACAUGGGUUGGGAGACACACACCAGCACACACAAGCUGGUAUGCGUACGCAUACGCACAGGCUGAUAUAUGUACCAGUACACACAAGUUGGUAUUUGUACAGCACGCAGGCUGGGUAUACGUACAGACUCCAGAAAAGUAACGAUUCGUACUCGGCAAUUCAAUGAGCUGUCAUUCAUUAUUCUGGGUCAUGAGUCGAUUCAAGAAUCAGAGCUUGCUCGCCUGGUUCAUGUUGUCUCGUAUGUCGCGUCCCGUUUGUUCCCUUCGGAUGAAGCGACGUUCGCAUGUGAUUUAUUUAAAUUCACAGAAAGUGUAAAUAAUCGAUCCUUUAGGCACACCUCUUUCAUGCGUGUGUUGCGAGCGUAAUUAGGCACUUCACGAGGCAUCGAUUAAAAUUGAUUUCGUGCACACAGCGUAUGUACGUUGAACUUCUUUCGCACCGCACGUAGCCAAGCGUGCUAAUUGGCGGUGCGGGGGAAGGACAACAAACUAAACACAGAAAGCACUUGUAAAGAAUUUAGUUUUCAAUUCAGCUACACACAGUUCAUCAUGCGUGUAGGAAUGCGUACGUUUUGCUGUAUGCAAAUGACAUGCAAAUUAUACUCUGUCGUGGAGCCACAUGAAGCUACAAAUGAGACGAUACGGUAAAAACAAAACUAACAAACAUUGUCAUCCUUGACUUGAACCGUCGCCCCACGUGGUGGUAACUUUGGAAAUUGCAGUACCGGAAUAGGGUCAGUGGUCAAAUGCCCCAAGUGUAAGAUCCAAUUUUAAUCGACAAAUUAUUACCCGUGUGAUAAACACGCGUACACACGUACAUACAUAUAUACACACGUACAUACAUAUAUACACACGCGUACACACGUACAUAUAUACACACGUAGACAUGCACACAGCCCGGUAGGGUUGUGCUGCCCCCUUCUAGGUUGCUCUGCCCCAUCUUCAGCGCACACUGCCACAGGUAAACAUAGGAACAAACCAAUAUCCCGCACGUCCGUGAAGCACAGUGCAUGGGGAUUCAAGCUAGCUCCUAGCUGGAUUAGAGGCAGGUCCUCGCCAGCCCAGUUUUAGCCCGGUUUAGCUCAACGCCAGUCAUCAGUGCAGCGCCAAGUGUGAAGCGAAGACGCAACCCAAAAGAUGAGCAGCUAUUGCCUCGUGAGUGCGUACCUCAGGCUCCGAGUCCCUGGCUGCCCGACGCGACUUUUAAGCUUUCUGAACGAGAACGAAAUCGCUUACAAAUCGCGUGCUGAUGCUCUGUCGUGGCACUCUGGUGAUGUCACAUUGCGUUACAACAACUGGGGGUGGGGGAAGUGAAAUCGUAGUGGCAUCACUCGUGUCUGUGUUGUACUGCCGAGUAGUAAUGUUUUCCUUCCCCCACCCCCAUGUAUAUGUUGCUUCAAACAAGUGUCCAGACAGCCCGAGAGAGCGCAGCCUGAGCUGCGAGAUGAGACACGCUUUACUAUGAGGGUAUUUCACACUGAUGGUUUAUGCAGGAUCGGCGAGAUUGGUUGCUUGAUGCCUCCCAGAGGCAGUGGCCGUGGACUCGGCUGGAAACCCAAGCAUCGUGCCCAGGCGAAGUCUGCCCUGCCGCCGUGCAGAGCUGCCCACAGUGGAACAAGGGUCGGGCUACGACGGCUCCAGGCUGAGGCUGGAAUUCCCUCUUGUUACGCCGAGAAGCCCGUUCAGCGUAGCGUUCAGCGCCGUGUGUGUUUUGGGUUGGGUCUGGCCUACGGCAUUGCAACUUGUCGUAAAGUACAAAUCUUACGUUGGUUUUUUAUGCGGUUUUAAUCUUCGCAUUUCUGGGACGUGUAAACGGUGUGCCAUUUAAAAAUCUGACGAGCUUUUUUUUACGGGGCCCCGGUAAUUGUUAACGCUCGACUCGGAAUCGGAAAUCACGAGUUCAGUUCCCAGCCGAGGGUCGAUCUUCAUCCGCUAGGGUCGAUAAACUUUGUAUCACUUUGUGGGAAGUCAGCAGCGAUUGGCCUCAUGCAGGGGUCGGCAACCAGCGUCUCCGUAGCCGCACGCAGCGGCUCUGGAAAGGACUGCUUCGUGGCUCCCGACAUUAUAAUUGGGAGAAAAAAAAACCUGUAUUAUGGAUUUAAAAAAAAAAAAACCCUGCUAAUUAUUUUCCAUAGACGGCGAUUGUCUAAAAGUGAUUUGUAAUGCGGCAUUACGAAUCAUUGCACGUGUGCUGUUCUCAAAAUAGCGAUAACAUAUAUAUGGUUUGACGAUAUUCAUUAAGCACCGUUGAGUAGUCCACGUGCAUUGCGGCUCUCGAAAUAUGUAGGUUUCUAUCGAGUUCGAAGAAAAUUAGCUGGUCUUGUUAUUUUUGGUUGCCAACCCCUGGCCGAAGGGAGAAACGGACCCGCCAUGGGAACGUGGAUACCCACUUUAAAGGAAGUAGGGACACACAAAAAACACCGACGCAGUUGCCAGGUUGUGCCGCGUGUUGUUCAACACGAUGUUCGACGUUUCCGAUCCGCGUGUCGGGAGCUUGCUCAGCGACUCGCUUUAACUCCUGAAACGUCUAACAGAAGGUACAUUGGAGGGCUCUGCAGCACAACCAUGAACACCUACACAGUGGCAUAACCCAAUAACCCAACGGCUCUUGCAGGUAUACUUACCUAGGCUGUGUGUCCGGGCUGUCUAACAUGAUAAUGAAGCUUUCGUAAGUAGCUGAAGACUUUAAAAUCAUGAUCUGGCGUUCUACCAUAGUGCAGCAGUGACACAGCCUUGUUGUUGAGUUCACCAGAGGCACGGCGGCGAUUCAUUGAGCCUCACCUGAAGCGGCCGUGUGGCCUUCAAACUUGGAUGUAGAUCUUUGCGUUGCGCUAUUUUACUCAGCCGUGCGCGCAAGCAUGAGGUUGGGGGGGAUGUGAGUGGCGUCACAAGUGACUCGUGUCGGACAGCCGCCGGGGACACACAGCCCAAGUGACAUCACGCGGGUGCCAUCAUGGUGCGCCUCUCCCAGGCUGUCCCAUGCAAGCUUCAGACCUGCGUGAGGCAGCCUGGGACACGCAGCCCUGGUGUGGAACUACAGGAGUUGUUUUUCUUCCGCGCGUAUGUUUAAAAUACUUGAGGGACGGUUCGGUUAUGUCAACGCAUGUCCACGUGUAUCAGGGUGGGGAACCCUUGACCUGUGGGCCAGAUACGGCUCCAUGCCCCUACGGCCCACGGCCACUUUAGGCCUCCCGCUUAGAAACGGCUUGCAAGCAACGCGUUUCACUGCAAGCGUCCUGGCUGCACUUAUCAGGUAUUGGAAGGGGACUCUGUUCAACUGAGCGCUCAGACACUCGAGCUUCUUGGAAGAACAGAAGUCGCUAAAGUGUGUGCAUUCAUGUGUGGCCCCUUAAGAGUGCACCUGGCCUGGCACAGGCUCCGUGGCGACGUCACGGUCAAUUAGUGGCGGAUGGCGGCUGGCGGCUAUCGGUGCUGGCCCACAGAAAGGUAUUUGAAACUUCCGUCCGCCGGCCCUCGGUAAGGAAAAGGUUUCCCACCCUGGUUCAUAUUCUAGAUUGUGGUGGCCAAAGGUGGGUCUGGCCCUGGACUGGCCUGGCAGCUCCUGGACAAAGCGACGAGACUGACGCUGCUAAGCCGUCCAUGCGGGCAGGCAUCCCGGCAUGGAAGGCCGGUGAUGAUGCCCUUACAUUGCACGAAGCCAAUCGAGAACGCGACACAUUGCCCAUCGCGCGCUGUGGACGCCACGCUUGAAUUGCAUUCGCAAGGAUUCCCCAACUCAAAUCUCCGUCAUCGCUUUAGGGUUAGUAAAUGAGUACCGCCUUGUGAGAAACCGGUGGUGGUGUAAUGUA